AUGUCAGCCUCAUCCUCCCUCUACACCCAACAACGACCUUCCUCUGCCGAUAGUAGUGGUGCCAUCAGCAAUAAUAAUGGUAGUAGUAGUAAUAACGGCUUCCUCCAUCGACGUGAAGUGAGGAGUAGCAGUUUGUACUCCCAACUCCAAGACUCGAGUAGAACGAGAAGUAAAUCAUCCCCAGCUACAUUGAUCAAUAGUAAGAAUAAUUCCGAUGAUGUAUUCUCGUACAAUAAGGAACAGCAUAAAACACCCAUGGUCAUGUCUGAUUUGAUUUCUUUCAUGACUGAUCGUAAUAAGGAAAUUGAUUAUCCAACACAAUUUCUCAUGAACAAGAUGAAGAAGCGUGUGCAAGAAGGAGGCCUUUCUCCUCGUUUCACCACCCGUAGUCAAAGCGUGGUCAUGAUGAUGAAGAAUGGCCAUCAUGAAAGUAGUACCACUCACUCGAAUCCUGGAGCAACCACUAUGAACGACCUCGAAGUCUCGAUAAGUCAAAAGUGUCCAUUGGGUCCCACCUCACGAUGA